AUGGUCGUGCUCCAUGUCAACAACAACAAAAUCGUAGCCGGAGAUGCCAUCAAUCUUGGCGAGGGUUGGGGAGAAGGAGAUGAGGUAGCUGUGGCAGUGGAGGUGUGGUUGGAGAAGGUGGUUGAUUUGAUGGGUGAGGAGGUGGCAGUGAGGUUUAGGGUUUUGACUGGUGGCUGCUUUGGGUGGCGUUGGGUUGGGUGGUGGUUGUGGUCUGAUGGUGAAGUUAGGGGAAGGAGAGGGCGUAGAGAGACUAGAGAGAUGAAGAAGAAGAUAUUUUUUUUAAAUUAA